GCCCUCUCUUGGCCAAUCAGAGAAAUUGAUUCAACAUGGCAGCCUCCGGGAGAGGAGUUUCCGUGGAAGUGCUCAAGCAAAUCUUGAAAAUGGUCACCACGGGACGAAAUUUCGACAGAGUUCUUGAGAAGGUCAAAAUUGUCUCCAUGGGUCCAAACCAGUGCAGCUGCGAGCUGACGGUUGGGGAGGAACACGUUAACGCACAGCAGAUAAUGCAUGGAGGUUGCAUGACCACAAUGGUGGAUACUCUGACGUUGGCAACUCUGGCCAAGGAAGUUGGACAAUUUGGAGUCAGUGCGCAGCUCAACAUGAGCUUCUUUCGAUCAGCCAGUUUGGGAGAAAAGAUCACAAUGGACGUCAACGUCGUCAAAGCCGGCAAGAGUCUAGGGUUCACCAAGGCAGACCUCUUCAAGUCCAACGGAGAAAUCCUGGCUACAGGGAGUCACAUCAUUUCUUUGGCAAAGGGUAUAACCAUGCCGGAGUCCUUCUUCGACAUCAAAGAAUGAUUGAUGCUGUAAAUGAUGGUCUAAAAUUCAGAUGCAAAGUGCAAUGCAAAAAAAAUGGAUUUGUUCAUGGAACAUGUUCAACAUUGCUUUAGUAGGGCAGAGAUGUAAGUCUUCAAGCAAUUGACCUAUCGCGGUAGAAUUGCGUCAACGCAGCUUGUUAAAUAUUGUCUAAUUACAUGAUAUGCAAAUGGACGCGGAACGCGCAAAAUCUGAGACAAGCAAAACUUAGUGUGUAAAAUUCCAUAGUGUUGUCUAAGGGGCGUGGCUAACUUGCCAACGGUGAUAGGCCAAUUGCCUGAAAUCAGGCUUGAACAAAUUGUAAAUAACAUAUUGACAUCAUACAUGUUUGUACAUGUAUACCUGUAUACCUCAAAUUUCAGGUGAAAUUUCAGACUCGACCUACAUAGUAGUUCAAUUGCACUGCGUGUGUAUUGAAAGUAGUGUCUGGUACCUGGACUGGUCUCUGUUUCUGCACAUUGUCUCUACAGUCAACUGUCAUGCCUCCAGACUUCUGCAAAUUCAUCAGUCCAUGUAUUCAAAAUGUUGGCCAUUCACCAAUGCUUAAAACACUCAACAUCACUCUCUGAUGCUGAAGUUUGUAGGAAACUGAGGUGCUAAAAAUACUCCAGGAAAUACUCGGGGAAUUUAUUUUGUAAAGAAUUUUGUUGGGCAAAUGUAAUAUGAGUUUGUUUUGCAUAUUUUUUCUUCACUGAGUUGAGAGUUGAGUAUGGUGUACAGGGUAGUUACAAAUACACCCAACUCGAGAUCCUCUCAUGCAAAACUGUCAAAGUUAAGAGUUUCUGAUGGGAACAAAUUCAUAUCAUGGUUAGUGCCAGAAGUGUCAAGAUUAUACAUGGACUCAGGGAUGUUAGACUUUGAAUUUUAUUCUCAUAAUUUGAACAGAAAGGAAAGCAUAUGUCAGUGUGUUUUUGUAGCAGGAUUUACUUCGGUUUAAAGAGGGGAAGUUUUGUAGUAGAACUAGUUUUCACAGUGGCAUUUUAGUGCUGCUGAGGUUAACGCCUUUUGUACAUGUGUUUUCUCCCAUAUCUCUAUUUCAAUAUAUUUUUAAAUACACAUAUUUAAAUAUAGAUUUGUUUGUUGAGCAGCUGGAAUGAAACCUUUUGAAGAAUGAAACUGAAAUUGGUCAAUUAUUUCUCUGAAAUUGAAGCACUUUCAGGUAUUUUAAAUAAAAAAUGUGAAGUCUGUCAAA